UCGGCGGCCAUGCCCGAGGGCCCGGAGCUGCACCUGGCCGGUCGCUACAUCAACGAAGCGUGCGGCGGGGUGGUGUUCUCGGGCGGCGUGGAGCGGUCGGCGGUGAGCAAGAACCCGGAGGUGCCCUUCUCCAGCGAGGCCUACCGCAUCUCGGCCACCUCCCGGGGCAAGGAGCUGCGUCUGACUCUGGCCCCGCUGGGCCCCGGAGAGCCCCAGGACCUCGUCUUUCGCUUCGGCAUGUCGGGGUCGUUCCGGCUGUGCCCCGUCGCCCAGCUCCCCCGCCAUGCCCACCUCCGCUUCCUCACCCGGGAGAGUCCCCCACGCGCCCUCUGCUUCGUUGAUGCCCGUCGCUUUGGCUCGUGGCGGCUGGGGGAUGCCUGGCAGCCAGGCCGUGGGCCCUGCGUCCUCUCCGAGUACCAGGCCUUCAGGGAGAAUGUGCUGAAGAACCUGGAGGACAAGGCUUUUGACAAGCCCAUCUGUGAGGCCCUCUUAAACCAGAAGUUUUUCAAUGGAAUUGGGAAUUAUCUCCGCGCUGAGAUCCUGUACAGGUUGAAGAUCCCUCCCUUCGAAAAGGCUCGGACUGUGCUGGAGGCCCUGAAGGAUCAGGAGCAGGCGAGGAGGAAGAAGAAUCCUUCCCUGACGCUGAGCAAGAAGCUGAAGCUGAUGCGGGAGAACCCAGAUCUCCUGGAGCUGUGCCACACCGUGCCCAUGGAGGUCAUCUCGGCAGGUGAGGUGACAGAGAAAAAGCUCUUUGACCCAGACAAUUCAGAUAACUACGCGGCUUUCAAGAACUGGCUGCAGUGUUACUUGGUGCCUGGCAUGAGCUCCCUGCGUGACCGCAAUGGCAGGACCAUAUGGUUCCAGGGAGAGCCUGGCCCCAUGGCUCCCAAAGGGCAGGCAUCCCGCAGGAAACGCGCUCAGAUGAAGGCAGAUCCCAAGGCUCCGAUCCCCAAGGUGACCAUACAUGCCUCGAAACGGCGCCCUAGGGCUGCAGCGAAACCCCCGGAGCCGGCUGCAGCGGAGGAGGAGGAGAAGGUGGCUGACGGGCCGAGGAAGGGACGUGCUCCUCGUGGGAGGAAGAAAGCGACCACCACUCCAGCCUUGUCCAAGCCUGAGGUGCUGGUCAAAGCCAGAAGAAGCCGCCGGACAACUGCGCGCACGGGCAGAGGUGCAGCCCCUACUGUGUGAGUGCCGCACGCUGCCCUUCUCUACAGGGGCACUUUAAGAGCCACAGGAGGAGCUUGGGUUAGCACUGGGGAGAAAUGGGGCUGCGCUGUACCUGUGCUCACGUCCGCUUGCUACCGCUGCGUCCUGCCAGCGUGGGAAGAAGCUGGGUUUGGUGAUUGGCCUGAUUUAUCCAGCGUCCUCCUGCUGUCCCUAGGCAUUUGACGGGCAUAAGGGCCAUGGACCCUCCCCCUCUGCCUAAAAGCGGAUUCCCCCCCUCCUUUCUUUCUUCCCUUUCUGGCUGCUGCCUGCAUCCCUGAGAAGGCUGUGUUUUUAGCUGACUAAUAAAAGUAUUUUCUGUAGAAAUCA